CCCGUCCGCCGCGGCCGCCAUUGGCUGGGUUCCGCGCAGCUGACAGCCGGCGGCCGGGCGGGGCAGCUAGCUGCGAGGAUGGCGGCGUCCGCGGCGUUGAUCCUGAGGGAGAGCCCCAGCAUGAAAAAAGCAGUGUCACUGAUAAAUGCAAUAGAUAUAGGAAGAUUUCCACGAUUGCUCACUCGGAUUCUUCAAAAACUUCACUUGAAGUCUGAGAGCAGUUUCAGUGAAGAAGAGGAAGAAAAACUUCAAGCUGCAUUUUCUCUAGAGAAACAAGAUCUUCAUCUAGUUCUUGAAACAAUAUCAUUUAUUUUAGAACAGGCUGUAUAUCACAAUGUGAAGCCAACAGCUUUGCAGCAGCAAUUAGAGAACAUCCAUCUUAGACAAGACAAAGCAGAAGCAUUUGUGAACGCUUGGUCUUCUAUGGGUCAAGAAACGGUUGAAAAGUUCAGGCAGAGAGUUCUCGCUCCCCAAAAGCUAGAAACUGUCGGAUGGCAGCUUAACCUUCAAAUGGCUCACUCUGCUCAAGCAAAACUAAAAUCUCCUCAGGCUGUGCUACAACUAGGAGUGAGCAAUGAAGAUUCAAAGGAGCAACAUUGAUUGAAUAAAUAUAAAGAUUGAAUUUGCCUUCUUCUGGCAAGUUGGGCAUGGAAGCAGGACGAAGUAUAAAAACUGACAGUACCACAGCAUUAAAUCUAUUCAACUAUACUUCAGAGAAAAGAAAUGGCAGUGAUUAAAGGUAUUGUUCAAUUCAACAAGCAUUUAUUGAGCAGUUCUAUAGCUUAACACUGUGUUAGCUGCUAAAGGAUACAAAGGGAUAAGACAGUGUGAUUUUGCCCUAAAGAAGUUUAUCAUCUAAUUUGGGAGAUAAAUAGUUCAUAUAUGAAACAGCUAGAGAGCAAAAAAUGACAACAUAUAAUCGAAUGUGUAUUUGUUCUUGCAACAGAAUACAAACAUAGUUUAUUUGCGUAGCAAGUGGAAAAGAUGUAUCUUUAUGAUGUGAAAUUUUAUAUGGCAGCAUAAUGUAACGUAGCCUGGGUUAAUAGAGAUCUUUGGUUAUUAAAAAUGAGUGAAAAAAACUAGUAAUUGAAAAGAUGUCUAUUUAAAGUAUCCUUUAGCCCAAUGCAAAAGUAUCAAUUAGAUAUAUGAGCAUUUCAUACAUGAGACACUGAAUAAAUUCAAGAAUAAUUUACAACCUGAUAGUCUAAUUCAGUUGGUUGAGUAUAAACUUCAUUAGGUUUUAUUCAAUAGUCUUUCUUUGCCUCAUAUAUCAUAAAAGUUCAUUCACUUUAUUUUGCAGUAUUCUAAAUACUGUUUAUUUUUUCAAUAUCCAGGUAUUCUGAAUUGUAUUCUUCUAUGUAUCAUCUAAAUAUAAUUUAUUUUUCCAAUAUCAAGGUGUUUUGAAUUAUGUUCAUUAAAAAGGAGGCCUUAAAGAAUACAGUAAUCUCCUUAGUUUUGUGUAAGGAGGCUGUGUAGCAAAGCAGCCUCACUACAUUAUGUUUUUUGUUAUUUUUUCCUCCAUUACUUAAGUGGAAAGGUCUAGUACAUUUUUAAAAUAUCUUAAGAUUCAAUUUUGACUGGGAAGCUUUCUCUUCCUCUUUGCCCUUCCUUAGAUAUUUCUCCACUGUACCUCCAUACUUCUUGUAUGUCUCAUGACAUGUAUCACUGUAUUUUAUAUUUUCAUAAAUUUAUUUGUCUGAUUCACUAGACUGGCUUCUUUGCCCUAUCACCAGGACCUUAUACAGUUAUUGGUACAUCAUGGAUUUUUAAUAUAUGUUUAAUUGAAUGAAUAAAACAUCAUGAUGCCAGACAAAGUUUGUAUUUAGUUCUUUCAGUAAACAAGCAGUACAUCCUGUAGAUGUGUCCAGUGGGAGUGAAUCUUUAAUAUCCAGAGUUAUGGACAAGUUGUUUACAAAAAAAGAAAAGAAAAGCAACCUCCUCUUUUAUCAGUCCCCACCUCUACCAUAUAAUUUUAAGAAAAUUGAUAUGAAAAACCAUGAUAUCCAUUUCCCUGUACAAUCAACAGUUUUUGAACUUGCCUUAACAAGCAUAUGGACUCCUUAAAUCAGUCCAAAUACAGAUGUGAUAUAUA